AAAUAACACCAUUUGUUUUUUGCUAAAAUAUGUCACGGUAGGUGCUUUAGCUAACGGUAACGUUAAUCUACUAUUGCUAGCCAUGCUGCGCCCUUUGCAUUAGCAAGCCAUUCUAUAUAGCCGAGCGCAGUUUGUGACUUAUCUGCUAUAAAUUAGCUAUUUGGUUUUAUCUGGUCUGAUCAGAUUCACGUUACGUCGCUUGCUAUCGUUGGGAGUCAGCAUCUCUGUGUUCGCAUGACAGCCACCAUUAUAAAACAUAGAAUGUUGAGUGAUUUCAACCGCAACAUCUUGCAUGAAUAAAAAUAAUCAUCCUUUAAAGCCAACACUGACCACUGAGAUCAUCUGGCUGAUAGACUCGACUUAAUAAGGUUAAAAGGUUAAUAUGUUUGGUUAUGUUCCAGAACAUAAGUCAUUUCACUGAUUAUCAUUAAAACCUUCAAAUAUGUUUUGUUCUAAGCAGAUGUGUGCUAUUUGUCAGCAUCUUGUUUUUAUUCUAUUAUAGACUUCUAAAGUGUAAUAAUGAUCAUUUAUAAUCAUUGACUCUCAUUGGCAAAGAUGAUUCAACCAGAGGUUAGUCCUCAUCUGAUUCAGUGGUGCCAAUAUAUUUAUUACAAAUGGAGAAAGAAGGAAUGACAGAAGGUGUGCGCUUGUAGUAUUUGCUUUGUUGUGUAUGUGGAUGCACAUUCUGUAGAUAUUCUGACAAUAAAGUGAAAUCGCAUAAAUGAAUGAGCAUGAAAGACCAACCAAACGUGUCCCCAGCAGAAGGAGACCAAACAGAGACGUCCUCUGCUUCAGAGCUUUUUCGUUUGUCUUUAAAGGUUUCCCCUGGAUGUGUUUUCAGCUUCUCAUAUGUAACCCACUCAAGAGGAUCCAUGUCUUUUCUUCGUUGGGUAUCUGAGAAACUGAGUGUGGAGAGCCUGCGGGACUUGGAGUUAUUUGGAGAGCAAGCUCAGGGAUUCUCUCACAGGAAAGCCCAUGAGGACAGCCAGGAGAGUCUGACCUCCCUCCCACGUCGGGACACCAUGGGCAGCUUCCUCCCGGACAGCAGCUCCUACGAGCUCCUCACUGUUAUCGGCCGGGGCUUGGACGAAUUGAUGACGGUGAACCUGGCUCGAUACAGACCCACCGGGGAGCACGUAGCCAUCCGACGGAUUGACUUGGAGUCGUGCACUUACGACAUGGUUAUCUACCUGCAGGGCGAACUACAUGUGUCAAAGUUGUUUCACCACUCCAGUAUCGUACCCUACAAGAGCAUCUUUAUAGCUGAGAAUGAGCUGUGGGUCAUCUCCCCCUUCAUGGCCUAUGGGUCAGCCAGAGAUCUGAUCUGCUCGCAUUUCGCUGAUGGUAUGACUGAGCUGACCAUCGCAUACAUUUUGCUGGGCAUGCUCAAAGCUCUUGAAUACAUCCACCACAUGGGAUAUGUGCACCGGAGUGUGAAGGCCAGCCAUGUGUUGAUCUCAGCCGACGGACAGGUCUGCAUGUCCGGCCUGCGGAGCAUCUUCAGUCUGAUCCGCCACGGCCAGAGGGCCAGAGUGGUCCACGACUUCCCCCAGUACAGCGUUAAGGUGCUGCCCUGGCUCAGCCCGGAGGUGCUGCAGCAGAACCUGCAGGGCUACGACUUUCGGUCAGACAUCUACAGCCUCGGCAUCACAGCCUGUGAACUGGCCAAUGGACACGUGCCCUUCAAAGACAUGCCAGCUACACAGAUGCUGCUGGAGAAGCUGAAUGGGACGGUGCCGUGUCUGCUGGACACCACCACUAUCCCACCAGAGGAGCUGUCGAUGAAACCGUCUCGCUCCGGGGCCGACUCCGGCAUCUGCGAGGGUCCGGGAGCCGGAGGUGUUCGCCACUCCAACGGAGAGCCCUCCUCCUCCUCGUCGACAGGCGGACAUCCCUACAACCGGACGUUCUCCGCACACUUCCACGGCUUCGUCGAGCUGUGUCUGCAGCGGGACCCGGAAAAGAGACCGUCUGCCACCACUCUCAUAGGUCAUCCAUUCUUCAAACAGAUCAAACGCCGGCCCUCAGAGGCGCUGCCUGAGCUGUUGCGGCCCGUGACCCCAAUCACCAGCUUCGACGGCUCCCAGCCGCAGGACUCCCACUCUGGACUGGCCAGUCUGGAGUCGGGUCUCAGCCACCUGGAUGUGGACGACUGGGACUUCUGACGGUGGAGGACGAGGCGGAGAGACGCUCAUGGGAUUUGGAUGGGAAACUCUCUGAGCGUACUGGACGAGAUGUGUUUUUGUAUUGGUCCCCUUGUAAAUAAUUUAAAUCUCAAACUAAAAGGAGUCGCUGUUCUCAGACAAAGGUUGAAAGCCAGCAGCCAUUUUGCCUCUUUUUUGGAGUCUCUCACACACGCUUAUGUUCCCUAGAUAUGUUCAGACUCUUGCAUUGCACUGAUGGCCUCUCUAUUUUUCACACACACACACGUUUACAAAACACAACUCCUCUAUUCCUCGUGCUGCUGCUGAGGAUUCAGAGGAGAAUCUGUGGGUGUAGAUGUAGCCGAGACCUAAAGAUUCUCAUAAAAUGGAUCUGUGGGAAACUGCUACUAAACAUUCAGAGGGGGGGUACUCUACCUCUCUGCACGUAGCCCAUCUGCUCAGUGAAACCACCAUAAGGGUGAACACCAGUCCUCACAGCUCAGUCAGCCUUCUGCAGAUGGAAAGCUUCUCCCACGGGUCAGCUAAAUUAACAGAAUGUUGUACGCAUUUCCUAACUCUCCGCCCGUGUUGAAGUGUAAACUCCAUCUCAUGCUCUCCAUGUCUCUUUUGUUGCACAGAGGUUAAGCAUGACAUCUGUUUUAAGUUUAACCUUCAGAGCUUCGCAGUUUGUAUUCUCUUGAACUUGCUCCGGGGCGUGAUGUUACUUAUGCGAGAAGUGAAUGUUGCAUUGUUGCUUGUUUUGUCUGCAUGUGGACAUUUGAAAGCUCAGUGUUGCAAAAAUGUCAAGCUUGACUUUUAACAAUAAACGUUGUUCACUUUCA